AGAGGCCCAGGAAACUGGCCACACCUCUCUCAAGCUCUCAAGAAUGCCAGAUUAUCCACUCCUCCCCCUUCCCCUUCCUCCCCUCACACCAUGAUUACCACCCACAUCUCCAAGCCUCCAUUCCCGGCCCCGCUCCACUCCCACUCCCACGUCGCGGCUUCCCUCCCCCUCUUCCGCCGCCACCGUCAUCACCACCUCGCCAGGCACUUCUCCGUCGCCGUCGCUGCCUCUCCAUCCGAGCUCCUCGCCAGCGUCGAGUCUGUCGCGUCCGCUGCCUCGGUUCUUGCAUCCAUCGUGCUCGUACACGAGUCCGGCCACUUCGUCGCCGCCACAUCCCGGGGCAUCCACGUCUCCCAGUUCUCGGUCGGGUUCGGCCCCGCCCUCGCCCGCUUCCGCCUCGGCCCCGUCGAGUACGCACUCCGGGCCAUCCCGCUCGGCGGCUACGUGGGCUUCCCCGACGACGACCCCGAAUCCGGCUUCGCGCCUGACGACCCUGACCUCCUCCGCAACCGCCCCGUCCCAGACCGCCUCCUCGUCGUCUCCGCGGGCGUCAUCGCCAACCUCAUCUUCGCCUUCCUCAUUGUCUACGCCCAAGCUCUCACCGUCGGCGUCCCUGUCCAGGCGCUGCUCACCGGGGUCCUAGUUCCCGAUGUCAUACCCGGCUCCGCCGCCGCCCGCGCCGGGCUACUUCCUGGCGAUGUCAUCCUCGCCGUCCCCGGCGCCGCGCCUGACCCGUCGGUGCCGGCCCUUGUCGACCUCAUCAAAGCCAGUCCCAACAAGAAGGUCCUCGUUACCGUGUCAAGAACCGGGCCCGGGAUCAGGGACAAGCAGUCCCUUGAUCUCACCAUCGUGCCGGACACCAGUGCAGACGGGACCGGCCGCAUCGGCGUGCAGCUCUCGCCCAACUUCAGGGUCACACGCGUCCACCCAAGGAACUUGUCCGAGGCCACUGUCCUCGCCGUGCGCGAGUUCACUGCGUUGGGCGGGACGGUACUCGACGGGCUCAAGCAGACGUUUCUCAACUUCUCGCAGACGGCGGAGAAGGUGUCAGGCCCUGUUGCAAUAAUCGCGGUGGGCGCGGAGGUGGCAAGAUCAAGCGCUGACGGCUUGUUUCAGUUUGCGGCGGUAAUUAACCUCAACCUCGCAGCAAUAAACCUGCUACCGCUGCCGGCCUUAGACGGUGGGACAUUGGCGUUGAUCCUUCUCGAGGCAGCCCGCGGUGGGCAGAAGAUCCCCCGCGAGAUUGAGCAAAGGAUCAUGUCAUCGGGGAUAUUGUUGGUACUUAUGGUUGGCAUGUUUCUUAUUGUGCGCGACACACUCAAUCUCGACUUCAUCAAGGAGAAUUUGUGAUUAUUCAGGUUAUCGCCAGUUUCAAACUGGAUCACAGGCAGCUAUCGCCAGUUUCAGACAUUGGAAAGGUUUGUAGUUAUGAUCCCUUUUGCCCUUUGAUGGUAUUGUUCUAGCAAUCUAGCUUGCUAUACUGAUCAUACUUCUUGUAUUGUUGCCAUAUAUCUGAAUAAAGUUUACAAAGUUACACCUUC